GGCGAGGGCAUCGGCUACAGGUCGGAGCCCCCGAGCACGAAGGCGCUCAGGGAGCGGCUGCUGCACUGCCUGGCCCUCGUCCACGUGUUCCAGGCUGCCCCUCUGGCGUGGCCCAGUUCUAGGGCGGCGGACAUCGGCAGGGUCAUCCACGUGAUGUGCCCCAUCGGCAACUGCUACGCCACGGUGCUGACGACGAGGGCUGAGAAGGAGAUGGCGGCGCCGAAUGACUUCGGCUUUGCCCCGGGGCGCUCUCGGGAUGGGGCUCCGGUGGUCACCGCAGUGGUGGCCGAGCGGGCGGCGCGCUUCGGCUUCGCGGCGAUCACGAGCUUCAAGGACUUGAGCAAGGCGUUCCAGUGCCCGCCCGUGGGCGACAUGAUGCGGGGCCUGGAGGGCUUGGUGCGCGUGGAGGACCACCCCAUUGUGGCGCGCAGGGUCCUCGACUACCACUGCGAGGUCGAGACGGCCGAGGGGGUGCUGCGCAUGAAGACUAACUGGGGCGUGCUCAUCGGCGACUCGAUCGGCCCUCCGCUCUUCCUCGAGGCGUUCACCAGUUGCGACCGAGCGACGUCCGUCGUCGCGGGCGCCGUGCUGGACCUCGGCCUCACGAAGUUCGCGGAUGACCCCUGCAAGCGCUUCGUCUCGUGGUGCCACGACGCGGUGAUCAAGAAUCGCAGGGCCUCGGAGGAGCUGCUGGACAGGUUGCUGGAGCCGCGCGGGUUCCAGCAUAACAUCUCCAAGCAGUGCGCCAUGCGCGCCUUCCGUGGGGUUGGGGCCGGGGCCUGGACGAGGGCCUUCUUCGCGGGCCGGCUCGGCGUGAGGGGCAACUGCUCGACGGUCGCCCGCUACCUGGGCCCGAUGCUGCACUACCAGGGCGGCCUGGCGACGGAGAUCAGGGCUCGCGCGGCGGCGGCCACGCGGGGCUUCGCGGACAGGGGGCGCUUCUGGAAGUCUGAGACCUCCGUCGAGGUGGCGCAGCAGGUCUUCCGCUCAAAGGCGUUGGGGGGCUACCAGCACAGGGCCAUGCCCUCCCAGGUCGUGCGCCAGCUGCUGCAGAUGGCGGACAUCGAGACCGAGCUGCGCGCGGUGAGGCUCGGGCUCAUGAAGUGCAUGGUGCGCCAUCCUGGGGAUCACGAGAUGGAGCUCACGGCGCUGUUCGGCCAGCUGCCCUGCGUGCUGCAGCCCGCGCUGGGCGAGGACGGCCGCUUGGGCGAGGGGGCCUCGGCGCUCGCGAGGCUGAUGGUGGACGACUUGAAGCGGCUCUUGCACGCGUCAGAGCGCGUGGACCUACUGGAGGCGCGGGGCGAGCGCCCCCUCGUGCUGCUGCAGGGUGCUCUGCGUGAUGAGGUCCUUCAGCUCGACCCUCGUGUGCUUCGGGUCCGCGGAUGGGCGGCGCAGUGCCCGCCGUCGCGAGAGGUGCCCGCGGCCGUGCGGCAUCGCUGGUGGACACUUCAUGGCGACCGUUUUCGCUGUGCACGUGAGCCGCCUGGCCUCAUCGACAUCGGUGACUUCGAGUUCGCGUGCCAGGGGCCCUGCGCUGAGGGCCUGUGCGGGGCCGCCUUCUGUUCGGAGCGAGCCCUGCUGUGGUGCAAAAUCAGCUCUCACAAGUAUCGGGCGAUCGAGUCUUCCUUGUGCGUGUAG